AUGUCUGAUUUAGGUUUAAAAGUCGAAAUUUUAUCAGAAGGUGAUGGUAAAACAUUUGCUAAAGAAGGUGAUACAAUUUCAAUUCACUAUGAUGGUCAUUUAACAAAUGGUAAAGAAUUUGAUUCUUCAAGAAAAAGAGGUAAACCAUUCACUUGUACAAUUGGUGUUGGUCAAGUUAUAAAAGGCUGGGAUAUUUCUUUAACUAAUUCAGACUCAAAAUUACCUAAAAUUUCAAAAGGUACAAAAGCUUUAUUAACUAUUCCACCUGAAUUAGGUUAUGGUAAUAGAGGAUUUCCUGGUUUAAUACCUGAAAAUUCAACAUUAGUUUUUGAAGUUGAAUUAAUUAAUGUUAAUUAA